AUGUCCGUCGAGGCCUUCUUCGAGAACUUGAACUUCGCCCAGUCCGGCGCUAAGUUCGCCGAAAUCCAGUCCGCCGCCGCUGGCAUCAACAUCGAUCUUCUCAAGGCCGCCGUCGAGGCUGUCCUCGGCGGCGAUGACAAGGCCACCGUCGAAGGCCCUCUGGCCGAUGCCCUGAAGGCUGGUUUCGAGUUCGCGACUAAGCUUGUUAAGAUGCUGAGCAAAGAGCCUGGUCAGACCGAGAUGCUCACUUUCUACAAGUACUUCAAGCGGGCCCGGAACGAGACCCCUGCUGAGCCCUCGUUUUACCAGCUUGAGUCGAAGUACAAGUACAACGCCUGGAAGGAGAUCAGCCACAUCAGCGACCAGAAGGCCCAGGCCUUGUACAUCAAGGAGGUUAGCGCAGCUAUUGAGAAGUACGGUACCCGCGAAUAA